UCAAUGUUGAGGAAACUUCUGGGUUCGAGAUUAUAUAAUACGUGGCCGCGUUAUAAGAAUAUCAGCUUUAUUGCACUCUACGUCGCAUCACGUAAGAUCGAAUUUUUGUUUUUGGGAAUUAUUUCGGCAGUUGCAUGGAAAUCAGUCGUAAAUCAGUCAGAAAAUAUGAGGACACCGAUCUUAAGUUUUGUUUGUGGAGCAGGAAUGUUGUCGAUUGUCUUAGUGUUGUAUAAUCGAUAUAGUCUGGAAGCGAGAAAGCUACCAGAAGGCGAGGCAGUUGAUUGGAAAUUUAUGUUUUAUUUGAAGAAAUAUGUUCCUGCCUUUCGGAAUUUUGGCAUACCUUACCGAGAAUUUUCAGCGGAUGAUUUCUAA